GCCGGCUGCGGAGGGAAACGCUUCGCUCUCCGCGCUCCGGGACCGGCGCCUGCCGCGGUGCGGAUGUGUAUGGACGAAUCCUCGUGAAAACAGCUCCCGACGGUUUCCCCCUCCAAAAAAAAAAAAAUACAAACCCAAACAAACCACCCACUUGGAUAAUUAAAACGGUUUUUGGCAGUGUCCAGUGUUGCUAAGGGUGAUUUAAUUCCUACUUCCAGUACAAUUCCCAGAGGCAGCUCUUCCGAGGUGAUUCCAAACACAGGAGAUGAACAUGGAGCACUUGGUGAUGCUCAGGAAGUAAAGAAGCAAGGACCAAAGCCUGCUGGAGGGAGAUGUGCCAAAGGAGUCACAGCCAGCACACAGCAGCUUGUACAGUAGAGAACGUGAAGGUAACUGCUACRGGUAAAGAUCAUCUUUAAAAGGGAACAUGGAUUUGAUAAACUCAACUGAACAAAACAGUACCUCAGAAGAACCUUUCAAAUGGGCGACAUCCAAGAUUCUCAUUUCCAUUACCCUGUCUGUGCUUGCUCUAAUGACAACGGCCAUCAAUUCUCUCGUGAUGACUGCAAUAAUUGUGACAAGAAAGCUCCACCACCCUGCCAACUAUCUAAUCUGCUCUCUUGCAGUGACUGACUUCCUUGUGGCAGUGCUGGUGAUGCCCUUCAGCAUUGUCUACAUUGUAAAGGAGACCUGGAUCAUGGGGCAGGUGGUGUGUGACAUUUGGCUGAGCGUGGACAUCACAUGCUGCACUUGCUCCAUCCUGCAUCUCUCCGCCAUUGCUUUGGACCGGUACAGGGCAAUCACGGAUGCUGUGGAAUAUGCCCGGAAAAGGACACCUAAGCAUGCUGGCAUCAUGAUAGCUGUUGUGUGGAUCAUAUCCAUUUUUAUCUCCAUGCCUCCUUUGUUUUGGAGGCACCAGACAACCAGCAGGGAGGACGAAUGCAUCAUCAAACACGACCACAUUGUUUCCACCAUUUACUCCACCUUCGGCGCCUUCUACAUCCCACUGGCCCUGAUCCUGAUCCUCUACUACAAGAUCUACAAAGCAGCAAAGACAUUUCACAGRAGAAGCGUCAGCCGCAUCGUGAGGGAGGAGGGGGUGAACGGACAAGUCCUUUUGGACGCAGGGGAGAGAAGCACCAAAUCAACCUCAAUGCCCAGCACAGCAGAGAAGACCUCAGAUGCACUGGUGAACUCCGAUAAAAUCAACAUCACCCUACGAAGCCCCAGGUCUGAAUCCAAGCAUGAGAAAUCCUGGAAAARACAGAGAAUCUCGAGCACAAGAGAGAGAAAGGCAGCAACUACACUGGGAUUGAUCUUGGGGGCAUUUGUGAUCUGCUGGCUCCCAUUUUUUGUAAAAGAAGUAGUUGUUAAUACCUGUGAAACAUGUCACAUCUCAGAAGACAUGUCUAAUUUCCUAGCAUGGCUGGGAUAUAUAAACUCCCUUGUUAACCCUUUAAUCUACACAAUCUUUAAUGAAGAUUUCAAGAAAGCCUUCCAGAAGCUUGUACGGUGUGGGCAAUACCUUUAAGAGCUUUUGUUCCUAUGAGGAGAACAUAAUCAUUGYUUUUUAACCUGUAUAAAUUUAUAUAACAGAGAUGACAUUUAUUGAAUUUAAGGCAAAGCACCAGGACUCUCCAGCAUUUACAUUAUAAUGACUUUUUUUGUAUAGGUAACAUUGGGAACUUAAUUGCCCAAGUUUUAAAGAGAUGGAUCAUCUGGGAUUGGUUUUGCUCUAGAAAAAGAGAUGGCAUAUUGUGGCUGUGAUUCAGUUGGGAUUUGCUCAGCUGCCUUGCUUGAAGCAUAGGAUAUUACCUUAAAUAUGAAGGAAAUACACACUUGAAGUAGACAAAGAAACAAAAYUCUUUAAAAAGUAACUCUCAGUCAUCAAUGAAAUGUUAAAUAAAACAGCACACACAUUUUAAAUCCUACUGAUAUAAGGUAGAAAAUACACCAUGGAAUGACAACAUGAUUUUUAAGUCUGGCACAGGCCUGCAGCAUAGAGCCAAGCCAUUCCCAGCCAAGGGUAGUAGCUUUAAAUGUAUCUACCAUCAUCCUCUGUCCAUCAGCUGAGUGAGCUGCAGCCCUGCCUUGUCACACAGAUGGACUUCCCCGUGUUACACAGCGCCCCAGCAGCAGGCAAGGGGCUCUCAGUUCCAUAGCAAGCCAGUGUUGGAAGCCCUCUGCCAUUGCACACCCACAGCAGAUKUGAGCAUAACCCCAAUGGAAACAGCCAAACACCCAGAGCACCUCCAGUGAGAUGGGUACACAGAGUGCCCAAUGCUCUGAGACACCGCUUCCAUGGGCASUGGGGAGGAAAAGCUCAUAAAGAGCAGCUGUUUCUCCUUGUGGAGAUGUUAGAAGGGAGAGAAGCACAAGACACUUCUUUCUCCMUGUCCUCACUCCUAGCUGACACACCUGGCCAGGCAGAGCCUGUGACUUGCUGCAUCAAACCCAGCCACACAGCUCAUGGCAGGGCCGAGCAUUGCGAAUGGAGGGUGGCUUAGUGGGAUUUGAACUGGGGCUGACAGCUCCAGCUCAGCAUGUUCAGCCCUCCAUCCCCAGAAGCCUGAUGCCCCCGAGCCUUUUCUGGACUACCCCAAGCAGUAGGGCAAUGCUCCCUCUUUCCAAGCACGUGAGAAAGCCCCACAGCACUGGCAGCGUGGGUCUCUGGAAAGGGCUGUGCAGCACCUUCUGCAGCAAGGCAGAGGGAGUGACCUCAGUAUGCYCUGCACACCUGGGCAGGGGAUCCUGGGGGAUGCUCACUGGGAAGCUCACCUUAGUGAGCUCCUCCUUCCCCCUGAGCAUCCAUCCACAUCCCCRUUCCCAACAGAGCUAAAAAGGCCUUACAAGAACUCCAGCCAGUCCUGACCAACUUACUCAGUCAAAGAUAACCUCAAUGAACAAAUCCCUUCCAAGGCCUCAGAGAUGACACCUUGGCCAAUCCUGAUUCACAUGCUCUAGAUGCCAAGCCACAGUCCUCACCUCAAAACCAGCAGUGCAAAUUUCCCAAGAGCCAAGGGUUUGAACAGAGCAGUGGGCAUUUGCCCCGUAUGCAGAGGAGUUGUUAAGACCCACACCAGAGCCCAGGGACAGGUUUUGCACUUUUCAAGACAAACAGAUCCAGGCUCUGUCACAAAGAGCCCAGCUUCAAAUCAGUGGUGUUCAGUGCUGGCUCACAGGAACAGGGACUUGAGGCUUCUUACAGGGACUACAAACCCCUCUUUGCAGCAAUCUCCUGCAAAGUUGCUCCAGUUUGGCACCUGGGCCAGCAGCUUAGGAACACCACAAAGGAACUAAGACAUGAGACCACCAUGCUCACCCUUAGCUGAAGAAAGGUGUCACUGGCCCUUACAGUUGUUCUUCCAAGAGACUUUCAGUGAGGUGCAUUAGACAAAAAAAAMCCACCAGAAAAAAAGGCAUCACUGUCAUUUCUCUCUCCCCUUCUCCCUCCCCUGUAUUACAAACUCUGGAGUUUGUAAUAAUUUUUGUACUUUGCCUGCAGGCUACCAGCUGACACAACAGCUGUCAAAAGGGUUCCCUGCAAGAUGACGAGUUUUGAAACUUGAGAUAUUGAACUAAUUUGUUUCUGUCAAUGGCAYCUUACUGUAUUCUGCUUUCACCUCAAGGGCCAAAUGAAAUGCUUUUCAAAAUUACUAGAAACUAUGCAUUUGCUUUACUGUUGACUUUAACAGCCAGGAAUUUAAUGGAAAGCUCUCUUGUCAUACCAUGGAGCUCUAGCACAGCAGUGGCACAGCUAAAUUUUGAAGAUGCUGGGAUGCGACAGAGUGGGAUUGGCUCAUGCUCAGUGCAAGCCAGCACACUUUAUUACCAUUGCAGUCAGAGCACAGCUUCUGCAGCCCCUGUGACCUCAGCAAUGGCUGCAUUAUGCUGAGAAAAAAUUGCUCUAAGCAUCAGCUGUGCUCUGCUGUCUCCAGAAAGAGCCAUGAAAUUUAGCUUUCUAAAAAGAUUAGCAGCUUAGCAGAAGGCAGCAAAGAAAACCCCUCUUAAACAUUCAGUCAUGAAUAUCUGUUUCCCACAUUUCCUGUGUCAUAGCAUUGGGUAUCUGGAGGAACCCAUUCCUCUCCCCCUGCCUCUCCCUUUAUGGCUGCUGGAGUACAGACGAUACUGUUUAUCCUCUUACUCGUGUAAGAUGUUUGACAAUAUCUCAUGAAAUCAAAUUGGAAGGAAAAAUAGGGGCUGCUUUUCAGRAGAAAAGAUACUUUAAACACACAUUUAAAUAAUAAUGGGUGAAGCUCAAAGAAGGGAACCAUAUGUAGAUAAACAGAAAAUAGCUGUCAUUUAUGCAAUGUUAACAGUAUUAUACUCUGAAACUAAUUAAGCUGCUAAACAUUUCUCAAGAUGCAGGGUGGUUUCUUUUGUAUUGUUUUCACUGAGCUGUAUCUGCUCACCCUUCAACACAGCGGUGGGAGAGGCAACUACAAGAUAUCAAACGAGUGGGCAGUUAUUCCAUUAAAAGCACUUGCGGCUUGUGGACCAUCAUUUCUUGGUGUCUGACUGCGACUCAUCACUCGUUCCCUAACAGAAUGCACAAACACUUCCCCGCACAAUAUCACACAGUAUCAUUUCAUCUCUAGCAUUUACCCUUGGAUGUGAUGUGUCCAGAGAAAAGACAUGAAUUCCCCUAUCAGAAUGCGUAAAGGUUAAGAUUUCUGCAGAACGCUGCUUUCCCUCCCUGYGAAGCACGCAAGCACCAACUGGACCUUAGCAUCAGAUUCAAGGAGCAGGACAGAGCGAGAUUUUAAGCACUGAGCUAAGAAUUUUU